AUGUUUUCCCUUCCAAACCUUGCCCCGACAGACUCCUACAAUCUCUGGUACACAUCAUCUCAUAGCAACAUUCCCCAGCACACAGAACCCACAAACAAUGCAUUUGAUCAUACCGCUCCCCAUAUCGCAUCUAACCAAAACCACGGCUCACGUCGUCAACAAGCCAGCAAUAGAACACCCCUAGCACGACUACGCUUAGAUGAAGAAUAUAUCGAGAGGAGAAAACAAAAUGUACAAAACUGGGGAAGUUCCUGGAUCAAGCCUCCUGGAGUACCAAAAUCAUUGCAUCAAUUGAGAGAAGAGAAGAGAGAAAUGGAAGAACAUCAAGAAGCAAUGAGACGAGAACAAUUGGCACAAGAACUUGCCGAAGCGGAACAGGCGGAGGCGGAGGCAAUGAUACCGGCUGAGGAUCUUGAGGGGGAGAUGGACGGCAUGGUGGAUCUUGAUGAUGAGAUUCCCGAUGCGGAUGAGACGGGGAUGGGACCUAGUGAUUCAUCCGAUGCCAGCGAAGAUGAUGAAGAAGAUGAAGAAAACGAUCUCGAGGAUGUUCCCAGAGCACUCGCAGCUUCUCGCAUGACGGAUGAAGCUUACAGAGAUGCGAUAACACGUCUCGGAGCUCCCAGAGGUUCAAUGCUCGAGGACGAUGGCGCUUCGACCAUUGCUGAGGAAGAGCAAUCGCAAAUGCUACAGGAGGAAGAUCUGGUACAUGAGCAUGAAGAAGAUAAUCAAGAUGAGGAUAUGGAAGUCGAUCUUGAUGAUGAUAUUCCUGAAGCCGACGAAGGAUAUGAACAUACGGACACAGAAGAUGAAAUUGAUAGCAGUGAGGAGGAAAGCGAGGCGGAAAGUCUUCCUGCUGGAAAUCAUGGAGGUCAUGGUGCGAGUUUGGUUAGGAGUGAUGGUACUCAAAACUCGAUGGAUCUUUCGAAUCUUAUAUCGCACGAUAGUAGUGUGUUAUAUAGUAGUCCUCGAGGAGCAAGAUGA